AGUGAGAGUUAUUAUCGAGAGAGAAAAAGACAUUAAUAGUUUAUCGACGAAGAGUCAAAUAGUGAUGGAGAAAGAAGGUCUAGUAGCUACGUUCUGUGAAAUCACAUCUGGUUCUAAAGAAGAAGCCCUAUUUUUCUUAGAAUCCCAUAAUUGGAAUCUUGAUUCUGCUGUUUCUACUUUUUUAGAGGAAGACAGUAACCACAAUCCAAUCCCAAACCUUAAUAACCCUAAUUUUCAAUCUUCAUCUCCAUCGUCAUCACCAUCUCAACUACCAUUACAACAACAACCGCCUCAAAUACCCGCGUUUCAAUCGUCGAUUCCAAUGGCUUCUCGACCCGAUAAGAAACCCGUAACAAAGCCUUCUGGUAAUAGACGUGGUGGAAUUCGUACUCUUUCUGAUUUGAAUCGCCCUUCUGGUCCUGAUUCCGAUAGUGAUUCGGAUGGACCUCAAGAAUAUUACACUGGUGGCGAGAAGAGUGGAAUGCUUGUUCAAGAUCCUACUAGAGGAGGAGGGAGAGGUGGUAAUGAUGUUGACUCGAUAUUCGACCAAGCUAGGCAAUUGGGAGCCAUGGAAGGAUCUACUGAACACCUUCAGCCAACUUCUUCUAGCUCAAGGAGUUUUACAGGGACAGGUCGACUACUGUCUGGGGAACCAUUAACACCAGCAUCCAAUCCUACUCCACAGCCACAAGAAGCUACCAAUCAUGAUAUCGUUUUCUAUAAUAAUGGGUUCACAGUGGAUGAUGGUCCUUUUAGGAGGUUAGAUGACCCUGAAAAUGCACCUUUUUUGGAGAGCAUCAAGAAAUCUGAGUGCCCAAAAGAACUCGAACCAGCAGAUAGGAGGUCCUCAGUUCAUGUUAAUCUCAUAAGGAGAGAAGGAAAUGGCCCUGAAGAGAAAGUGCAGAAAGUUGCAUUUCAAGGGGUGGGAAGAACCUUAGGUAGCAGCAGCAAUACUGUUGCCUCUGAGCAAACUGCAGCUCCCAUUACCCUCAACACUGCCCCAGUCGCUCCAAUAGGCCUAGUUGUAGAUGAUACGUUGCCAUCAACCUCUAUUCAACUGAGGCUAGCCGAUGGAACACGAAUGGUUGCACGCUUCAAUUAUCGUCACACUGUCGGUGAUAUUCGUGCAUUUAUUGAUGCGUCCAGGCCAGGGGGAGCAAGAACUUAUCAGCUGCAGUCAAUGGGGUUCCCUCCUAAGCCACUUUUGGAUGUGAAGCAAACAAUAGAAGAGGCAGGCCUUGCCAACUCAGUUCUGAUUCAAAAACCUUAGAUCAGGUAGACCAGGGAUGAGGUUACCCACUCUACUGUUUUAUCUACCUUAGAUCAGAUGGAUCAAAUAGAUAUUAUCUUUGUCGGAACCCAAACUGUUUUAUAUUUGUUUGAACAAGAACAAGAUCUAUUGUGAUGGUCUCAUUCCCAUCAUGGCAUAUAUGUAUGUCAGUGAACGUGAACACUUUAUUAUCAUUUGCUUAGUUUCUCAUAUAUAUUUUAUGCACUGAUAUUAAUCAUUUAGUUCUUUAUCCUUUAAAA